AUGAGCGCCACGUGGCAGCCGCAGCCCGCGCUGCUCGCGGAAGUCGUCGCGCUCUUACAGGCCUACGGCGUGUCGAACAACCACGUGCAGCUCGACUCGUACCAGCGGCUGCAGCAGCUCGAGCAGAACCUCGAGUUCAACCUCUACCUCGUGCACUUGCUCUGUGCGCCCGAAGUCGACGUGACGGUGCGCCAGCUGGCCGGCUUGUUACUUAAGCGCAACAUCAAAGCCCGCGACGCCUCGGCCGCACUUAGUGGCCCCGAGACGGAAAUCCUCGCGGUCAUUCGCGCGCAGACGCUGCGCGUUGUGGCCAAUCCGCUGCCGCCCAUCCGCAACACUGCCGGCUCGAUCGUCACGACGUUUGUGUCGCACUGUACGUUUUUGGACGAAUGGCCGGAGCUCAUGCCGGCCCUGUUCCUGCUCCUGGACCAGCAGCAGGACGAGCACGCGAUUGCAGGGGCACUGAGUGCGCUGGUGAAGAUCUGUGAGGAUUCGGCCGCGAAGCUCGAGAACUCGCCGAGUCGGCCGCUGAAUGCGCUCGUGCCGAAGCUGUUGCACUAUUUCCAGCACCCAAACGCCGCGUUCCGUCGCGACGCGCUCGAGUGUCUGAACCACGUGCUGGUGUUCAUGCCCGUGGGACUGGUCGUCCACAUGGAGACGUUUCUCGCCGGCAUUUCGCUCUUGACACAGGACGCGUCGAACGACGUGCGGAAACUCGUGUGCAAGAGCAUUGUCUUGCUGCUGGAAGUCGGCGUGCAGUACCUCGUGCCGCACUUGGACAGCAUCAUCCAGUUUAUUCUGCGGGCCAAUCAAGACUCGGACGAGGUUGUCGCGAUCGAAGCGUGCGAGUUUUGGGCGUCGUUCUGUGACUUGCGCGAAUUCGACGAUCUUAAAGCGAGGCUCCAGCCGUACUUGACGCAGAUCGUCCCGCUGCUAUUUCGCUGUAUGGUCUAUAGCGACGAAGACUUGGCAACGUUUGACGCCGAAGAGCAGAGUCAGGAUGAAAACGUGCCUGAUCGACCUGAAGAUAUCAAGCCGGUCUUCCACCGCAAAGCUGGUGGUAGCGGGGGGUUGUCGAAUGACGACGGCAAGCAGGGAGCAAACGACGACAGUGACGAUGACGACGAUGACGACGCGGACGAUGACGAUACGCUGCUGAAUUGGAACCUUCGUCGCUGCUCGGCUGCUAGUCUCGAUAACCUUGCUAACGGGUACGGGAACGAUAUUCUUCCGACGCUGUUGCCGUUGCUGCAAGAACGUCUUGCUCAAGAACAGCCCUGGCCGCUUGUGGAGAGCGGUAUUCUAGCCCUUGGCGCUAUUGCCGACGGUUGUUACAACGGUAUUACGCCCCACCUGCCCCAAUUGUACCCGUUUCUGCUGCAGAAGCUAGAGGACCCAGCGCCCCUUAUUCGUAGCAUCACGUGCUGGACACUGAGCCGUUAUGCGACGUGGGUUGUGGAGCAGUGCAACCACGAGGUGCUGCUGAAACCGCUCGUGGAAGGCAUGCUGAAGCGCAUCUUGGAUCCGCACAAGAAGGUGCAAGAGGCAGCGUGCUCUGCGUUCUGCACGCUCGAGGAAGAAGCUCGCGAGGAGCUGGUGCCGUACCUGACGCCUAUUUUGCAGAACCUCAUGUUUGCUUUUGGCAAGUACCAGGCGAAGAACCUGCUGAUUUUGUACGAUGCCAUCGGGACGCUCGCAGACUCGAUCGGCGAGCACCUGAAUCACCCUGAGCUGAUCAGGAUCCUGAUGCCGCCGCUUAUUGCAAAGUGGAACGCGUUGGAUGACCGCAGCCGUGAGAUCCUUCCGCUGUUUGAGUGCCUCGCGCCUGUAGCGCAGGCUCUUGGCACUGGCUUUCAAGAGUUUGCAAUGAACGUGUACGUUCGCUGCCAGCGGAUCGUCGAGAACGAGCUGCUGGCUGACGCCAUGUCAGAGCAGAGCCCCGACGAGUUUGACGAGGGCGACCCGGAGCUCAUCGUGUGCGCUCUGGAUUUGGUAUCCGGCAUCAUCGAGGGUCUGCAGCACAGUAGUGAGGCAUUGUUGAACGGCUCAAACAUUCUGAAUGUGCUCAUGAGUUGUGUUCGCCACGACGUGCUGGACGUGCGCCAGAGCGCCAUGGGCGUUGUGGGUGACCUGGCGAAGCACGCGCCGAACACGCUGCGUCCGAGCCUGGUCGGCUUGCUGCCGGUGCUGAUCGAGAAUCUGAACCCAGACUUGCCCACCGUGUGCAACAAUGCAAGCUGGUCGGUUGGCGAAAUUGCCAUUCGCAUUGGCGCAGAGAUGGAACCGUACGUGGAGAGUUGCUUGAGCCGCCUGAUUGAAAUGAUCAAUCGCCCGAAGUUGCCGCGCAACCUGGUGGAGAAUUGUGCCAUCACUAUUGGUCGUCUCGGGUACGUGUGUCCGAACGUCGUGGCGCCGCACUUGCAGGAAUUCGCGAUGCGCUGGUGCCGUGCUCUUGCGCACGUACGGGCACCGGAAGAGAAGGAGCACUGCUUCUUGGGUCUGUGCUACAUGGUGAAGGCGAACCCGAACGGCAUUGUGGCUGACUUUAUGUUUAUGUGCGGAGCCAUUGCUUCGCUGGAGGGUCAGCGGAUCCAUCACGCGGAGCUGAAGGACAUGCUGUACCAGAUCGUGCACAGCUUCAAGACGAGUCUAGGCGACAACUGGGCCCCGUACUAUGCGAGCUUUCCCGAGCCUCUGCGGCAGUUCCUCACCACGCGCUUCAACCUGUAG